AUGAAUAAGAAAGCUAAUGAAGAAUGGUCUCAGGAUUUUUCAAAGGUACAAGCUGUUAUUACUGACCUUGAUGAACUUGCAUCUCGAAUAAUAGAUGAUCAUAGAAUUCAAAAAGUCGUAGAAGAACCAUUAUCUAUUAACAUUUUUAAUGGUCAGUCUACCACUGGUGUCAAUGGUAAAUUUGUUUUUUCACAAGUUUUAAUCGAUUGCCUUUUGCGGUUGAAAUCGAAUGAAAAAGAUAAAAAGGAACUUAUGACACAUUUUAAAAAGGCAUACGGUGGUAAUAAUAUUGAAUUGAGAAAUAUUCAUGAAUUUAAAAAAAAGUAUUCGCCAGACAAAGUUUUAUGGUGGUACUCACAAGAGUCGUUCUUUUAUAAGACUCUUAAUGCUGUUCUACGCAAUGAAAAUAUUCAUAUGAUGUUUUUAUUUCGUCAAUUUAUUGCUGAUAUUCAAUAUCAAUUGAAAUCUUAUUCAACUAAUACAACUCUAAGACUAUUUCGAGGACAAAGAUUAUCAAAAGAAGAAUUAGAAACAUUAGAACAAAAUUGUGGACAACUUAUUUCAGUGAAUUCAUUUUUUUCUACAAGUACUGAUGAGAAAGCAGCUCGUGACUUUCUCAAUGCUCCUCAUGCUGCAAAUCAUUUAGAACGAGUUUUAUUUGAGAUCAAUGCUGAUCCGAAAAUGGCUACAACAAAACCAUUUGCUGAUAUUAGUAGCUUUAGUGCAUAUCCUGGUGAAUCAGAAGUACUAUUUAUGAUAGGUUCUAUUUUUCGUUUGAAUAGCAUUGAUCAAAGUAGUGAUGAUAAUAUCUGGAUUAUUCAAAUGACAUUAUGUAAUGAAAACGAAAGUAAUCUUAAAAAUGUUCUCCUACAUAUGAAAGAUCAACUUGGUACAGGAGAAACAAAUCUUCGAACAUUAGGAAAACUAUUAUGGGAAAUGGGUAGACUCAAUUUAGCUGAACAAUAUUUUAUUCGCUUCUUGGAUGAACUACCAGCAAAUCAUCAUUCACUCUAUGAUUUAUAUCAAGAUCUUGGCAGAAUUGCGUCGCUCACCGGUGACUAUGACAAGAGUGUUGCAUAUCACCAAAGAUCACUUGCACUCGAGGGUUCGAAUAAGUCGAUAAACACUAUGGAUACUAGUGAACGUAACAACCAAAAUACUUCUGAUCAGUAUAUAAAAGAUGAACAGCAGCUAUUUGUCGGCGGAACACUAUUGUCCAACAGAGAACACCAGUUUAAGUUAAAUGAAUUUUAUGGAAAACAUAAUCAAAAAUGGAAAUUAGUUUAUAAAGCAGCGAUACAUGGUUUUUCAGCCGAAAAUUUUCGUCGUCAUUGCAAUGGACAAGGACCGACAAUGAUAAUAAUUGAGUCUAAGACAGGUAAAUAUCUAUUUGGUGCAUUCACAAAACUUCUCUGGAGUAACCAACGUGGUUAUAAACAAGAUACAGACUCAUUUUUAUUUACACUAACCAACCCUCAUGGUCUAUUACCCUCUAAAUUUGAUAUAAAUAAAUCACAUAGCGACCAUGCUGUGUACCAUUCUGGAGUUGGAUAUAUUGGUGAAUUUCAUGACUUUUAUCUUUUUGGGUUCGGUGGUGAUGGCCUUAAUUGGUCUAAUUUUCUUAAUAGUUGCGAUGGUGUGCUCAGUGUUCGUCGUGGUGAUCUUUUCAUAGCUAGUGACUGUAAUAAAAACAAUUAUAGCAGUACUAAAUUUCCAUGUUCGUUCAUUGACUCACAUGGCUAUGGCAAUAAGACAUUCACUGGAGCUGCAAAAUUUACCGUGAGACAACAAGUUGUACCUGCUAUUCUCAAAUUUUGUUUUUCAGCGACUGAUCAAGUGGAAGCUUAA